AUAUAUAAUUGUAAACGAAAUGUGUUCCCAUUUUAUUACAAUAUCUUUGCAUGUAAUGUUAUUUUUAAGUCUCGGUUACGGCUUAAACACAAUCGUAAGAACAAUUGAAUAUAAUGCCGUCACGGAGAAAAUGCAAACAUUGAAUGAGACAAUCGAUGGUCCAAUAUCGCCUCCGCAAAGAUCAUUAUAUCAAAAUCAACGACGUUUUCUCUUAAGCGCUAUUGUUAUUGUUUUGGGUGUUGUUGGCAAUUUUUUAGCUUUGGUCAUUUUGGCGCGCAAAAAAGCCACUAAGCAUAGCAAGUAUACCUUUAUGUUGCGUUGUUUAUCCACCAACAAUUUCAUUGGUUUACUGGGCAUGCUAAGCACGUUAGUGUUAAAAAUUUAUUUGCCGCAAGAUGUUUUUAAGCAAUACAUUAAAUGGGAUUGCGUCGGUAAAGUAAUCUGGCGAUUUUUUGGUUUAAGUUCCGGUUGUAUAGCAGCCGUUAUGGCUAUUGAACGUUGGAUGGCAUUGGCCAGACCAUUUAUCUAUCAUAAGCACAUCACAUAUGAACUGGUGCGUAAAACUAUCAAAUCGUUGAUAUUAUUGGCGAUAAUAAUAACAUUUUUGCCAUUCUUUGGUUUCGGAGCUUAUGUAGACGAUAGCGAUCCAACGAAUAUCAAAUGUUUACGUUAUCGCGACGCCGACGGUUUUUGGAAUAAAACUUAUUCAGUAUUGUUUAUGAUGUUCGGCACGUUGCUUUGUGUAGUUAUAGUCGCCUGUAAUUUAUUUGUUACACGCGUGCUAUGUUUUAUUGGUCGAAGUCGUACAACCAAACGUUACAUGUCCUACGAUAUGGUAAAUCGCAGUGAAAAGAGUUCUACGGUCCAUAUUGAUGGAGAAAGUUCGAGUGGUACAUCAUUAUAUCAGCAUCAUCAACAUCCCGAUGGUGGUAGUCGUAAUGGCACUCAAAAUUCACAUUAUCCUCACACCAAUAACGUGACAUUAACGGCAGCAGCAUCACCUGAUGAAAUUAAAUUUGCCAAAUUAAUGUUGUUUUUAAGCAUUUCAUUCGUUAUAUGCUGGAUGCCCCAAAUGAUUGCUAUACCGAUGGCUAUUGUACGGAAUCGUGUACCAAAAGCACAUCCAUUCUUUUUAAUAGCGGACAUGUUGAUGGCUUUGCAUUUCACCUCCGAUCCCUAUGUAUAUGUAUUAAGUCGUACCAAACACUCAUAUAUAUUAGGCUGCCUUAAACGUUGGCGUACUGGCUUGAAACGUUCGCAAAGUGAUCAAAGUCGCCUACGUACAACCAUUGAACAGCAUACCUUAGAUUGUGGUCUCAAUUAAGAUUUGAAUUCAACGCUUUAAGCAUUAAUUAGGCCGAUUUAUAUGUACUUAUGACGUGUGCACGUAUGAAAGAAAGUGCGUAACUAUUAAAUGAACCUUCGCAUAUAAUGGCUUCUUUCUUUUUUCAAUAAUUGUUUUCUGCUCCUUUUUUUUUUUUUUUUUUUUGUUUUCUUCUCUUACGCUCAUGUGACCUCAUUCAAUAUUAACUAAAAUCUAACUCGCAUUAUUUUCAAUAUAUAUAUAUAUAUACGGGAAUAUGAGUGUGUAAAUGUGGAUUAAAUUGUACUUAUAACGCGAUUAAUUACUUUAAAUUCUAAUGCAUUAAAAAAUAAUUUAAACUAUUUUAAUG